GCAACUUCGUUUUCAUCCUCUCAGAUUUGUAAACAUUAGCACACGUGUAGACUAAAAUCGUUGCAUCGCUCCGUUUAUUUCGAAAUUUAUGUAGGUAAUACUAGAAAAUCCGGCCUCUUUGCAAUGGAUACCAGUGACUUGUUCCGUAAGCUAACCUGUGGUGCCAAAUUUUCGUCGAAAAACAAUCCGUCGCUGCUGAAACGGAAGCACCCGGAAUCCGCUCCGAAGGAACCACCUGCGGAGGUCAAGGUGGAAAUCAAAGAGGAAGAUGAUGAUGAGGACAGCUCUGGAGCGGAGCAGGUUCCGAUAUUUCCGCACAGUCCGUUGGUUCUCAGCGAGGAUGACAUCAAGGACGAAAUCAAAUCGGAGGAGGAAGAUGGGGAUGAGGAUUCCGAGAGGAAACGGAUCCGUUUGAUGUCGCCGGAGAAGCGCGAGAGGUAUCAUCAGUUCAAGGUGAAUCGGUUGAGAAACUUGCACCAGAUCAAGGUCAAGAAGGGGCGGAAGGUGGCGGUGCCGGAUCCGAUUGAGCAGUUCCGGGAGCUGGCGGAGAGGUUCAACGUGUCCAAUCAGUUGAUUAAGAACAUCGAGAAUUGCGGCUAUAAGGCGCCAACGCCGGUGCAGAUGCAGGCGAUUCCGGUUCUGCUGGAGGGUCAUCCGGUGCAUGCCUGUGCUCCGACCGGAUCGGGGAAGACGGCGGCGUUCCUGAUUCCGAUCAUUCACCAUCUCCAGAAGCCCAUGAAGUGUGGCUUCCGGGCGCUGGUGGUUUGUCCCACGAGGGAAUUGGCCAAGCAGACGCAGCGGGAAUCGCUGCGGCUGUGCGAGGAGAUCAAUUUGAGGACGCACGUUAUUACCAAGGUGGACGAGAAUACCACGGAUUAUAGUUUAGAGAGUAGGAAGCACUAUGACAUUCUGGUGACGACGCCGAAUCGAAUUUGCUUCCUGGCGAAUCACGAUCCGCCGCUGAUAGACUUGAGCAACAUUCAGUACAUCGUGGUGGACGAGGCGGACAAGCUGUUUGAGGAGUCGAAGAACAGCUUCCGGGACCAGCUGGAUUCGAUUAUGAACGCCUGCACCAAUCCCUGUAAAGUGGUAGCGUUUUUCAGCGCUACGGUCACGAAGGAGGUCACAACCUGGGCCAGUGAGAAUAUGCCCAAUAGGGUGCGGUUCUCGGUUGGAGUGGCCAACAUGGCAGUGGACUUGGUGGAGCAGGAGUUACUGUUCGUUGGGAGCGAGAGCGGAAAGUUGUUGGCCUUCCGGGAGAUGGUCCACAAGGGAUUGACUCCGCCGGUUUUGGUGUUCGUGCAGAGCAAGGACCGCGCCCAGCAGUUGUUCACGGAGUUGAUCUACGAUGGGUUGAACGUGGACGUGAUUCACGCGGACCGAAGCCAGAAAGAACGGGACAAUGUGGUCCGAUCUUUCCGGGAGGGCAAGAUCUGGAUCUUAAUCUGCACGGAGCUGAUGAGUCGAGGAAUCGAUUUCAAGGGGGUCAAUUUGGUAGUCAAUUACGAUUUCCCACCUUCCACUAUCAGUUACGUGCACCGGAUCGGUCGCACAGGUCGUGCCGGAAGACGGGGCAAAGCGGUGACCUAUUUCACCAAGGACGACACAAUCAACUUGAGAUGCAUUGCCCAGCUGAUCAAGCAAUCGGGCGGCACCGUGCCGGAGUAUAUGCUGAAGCUGAGGAAGAGUUCCAAGCGGGAGAGGAAGAAGCUGGAGCAGAAGGCUCCGAAGCGGGCGGCCAUUCGGACAAUGCCCACUUUCCAGAUGCAGGAACGUGCCAAGAAGGAGAAGCUCAUCGCCAGGUCGAAGGCGAAGAAGAUGGGAAAAGGGCGGGAGCAGAAUGGCCAUGGAACGAACGGGCAAGCGAAGAGUCAAAAGCGGAAGAAGGUGAAGUAAGGUAGGUUCUUUCAUAAAUAAAUUUAGAUCGUACAUAAUCGUUA